AUGUCUUCGACGAGCAGCGUCUGCUCGUCAAAUGACGCCGAGUUCAUCAUUGACACCAGGGUCCUUUUUUUUUAGUACAUUUUGUUUUUCGAAAGUCUAUUCCAAUCGAUUUCAAAUUCAUUUUUUUCCCUGCUAGGACAAGGACGAAGUUUCCUUUUUCGAAGAGUACUGUACGUGAAAGUCCGCAUUUAACGUGUUCUCUUUGCACAAUCUGUGUGGUCUCAUCGCUUUCAGUUUUCGCGUUCUUUCCUGUUUCGUUCUAUAUUUAAAGAAAUGGAUUGAAAGGUGCCAACACACAAAAUGCACGCGCAAAAUGCGGACUCACAUACAGUACCCUUCGGAAAAGGUAAAAUCGCCCUUGUCGUAGCAGCUUUUUCUGCGGUUUUUAAUUAAACUCUAGCUUCGUGAAAACUUCGUUAAAAAUCGUGAAGAAGUUAAAGUUUGAUCAAGAGUUUCGCAGUUUGACGUUUCAUUUUUAGGUGCACUAGAAAAAAUUUCAUCUAAUUUUGAUCAAUUUUUCUGACUGUUCCUUUUUAUCGAUGCUUUAAUGAGAAAAAACUGGGAGGAUAAGAAAACCCAUAGCUGUGCAAGUUCCAGGAUCACCAUCUGGUACAUCAAGAAGCGUUUCGGUCAAUUUUUAGAAAUUCCAAACCGCAAAGUAAAAUGACUCUCCUUGUUUAAAGGACUUUGUCCGUGUCAAAAAACACACACUCUUUCAGAAAAAGGUUUCAGAUUCCGACGGCGAUCCGACGGGACAUCGACCGAUUCUCAGUGUUCAUCAAUCGUCUGAGAGCCGCUCUCGAUGUCAACGUAUCACUCGCAGGUUUCUCACAACUUUUUUUUGUCAAUUUCUUUGUAACUGACCUAAUUUUGUCAUCUUUAAGAAUUUUUUUUUUCGCCGAACAGUUCUAUUUCGGUAAUUUUUUGAAAAUUUUUUAUCUAUUUUGUAGAGAGCCAUGGGUAAACUUGAAACUGUAAGAGAUCAAAUGUAUCGUCAAGAAAAGAAAGAAUUCACGUUUUAUUUAUAAAAAAUGUUUCAGCGAAGUUCAGAAAAAUAGUAAAAAAUAUACAAAUUUUCUUCGAGUCUGUAUUCUGAAUUUGAACUUGGAAGAAAAACACCUUUUUGUCUUAUUAUGAAGUUAUUGCUCUGUAGAUGCUUAAUUAAAAAAAAGAUUUUCGGAAAGUUUUUCAUUUUUUCAUGAACCUCAAUUUUUCUUUUUAUCAAAUGAGAAAUGACCUUAUGCAUCGAUUUUUAUAAAAACCGAUCUUCUAAAAAAACUUUAUCGAAAAAUUCAAAACAUAAUCUUGUUUUUUUAAGGCAUCAAAAUGUUAUAGCUAGCUUCUGAUAUAUUUAAAGAAAGGGUUUUAUAUGAAUUUGGAAUAUUUUUUAAAUAUUCAAACCCAUAAAAAUUCGUUAGUGAAUCACUAGGCCAGAGGCCAUAAAAUGAUUCUCAAAAUGUCGAAGAAAAAAAAAAUCAGCCAUUCUGACGAAAAAUGUUUGCUUUCAAUGAUUGAAAUGUUGUGCUCCCCCGCACACACACACACACUUUAUUAACGUUUCCGCCUUGAUUUCUUGUUUCGUCCAUCAAAGAAUCUUCUUUUGCAGAUGGCGAGUCAAUGUGUGUGAACGUACACGCGGCACUGGAGAUGGUCAGCGAAAGCAUGCGCGAUUUGUUCAAACAUCCGCAGUUCAAAACCAACGCCCUGAUCGUCCAUUCCCUGCAGUUGGUGCAGUCUGUUAAAGGUAUCCGGAAAACUAUUCAAACCUACGGGAACUUGAAACAAUAAAAUCAUAUCGUAGGUCCUUGCUCGAUCUCGAGGGAUUUUUGAGUAUUCUGUAUUUUGUCACCUGGGUUUCUAGUUAACUCUUCAUUUCAGUUUCUAGAAUAAUAAUCGAAUUUUUUUCUUCGUUAUAAGGACAUCGGUGACUUUCUGCCAAAAACUGGCUAUAUGGAUAAAAUUGCUCGCUAUCAAAUCUGUGACCAAGGUUCAAAUCCUCUCGACAAAGUUUCAUUUUACUAUUUCGAGUUUUCAUUGUUUUGAUGUUUCUCCUGUCAAGAGGUUUCAUUUUUCAUACCUUUUUUGAGACCGUUAUGUGAAAAUUUUAGGUAGGCGUAUUACAUUCUGAAGUUUUUUUAAUUAAUUUCUUUUCCAAACGAUUCAGCUUAUCGUUUCAAGACCUUUUUCCUAACGGCCGGAUUUUUUUCAUAAAUGACUCUAGUUUGAAAAAAACUAGAAAUUUUCAAUUCGAUUCCAAUUUUCCAGAUCACACGGUUACAUUAUAAACUUAAAUGGACGUUUAUCUCAGCUAGAAAGUUAUUGCCAAAGAGCAAUUUUGUUACUUCUUUCUCAUGGCACCAUGCAAGUUAUUCACCAUUUCACCGCUUCCUUUUUUUGAACUCGAAAAAACCAAAGUCGUUCUGCAAUUUUUAGUUGCCUAAAAUUGAAUUUACUCCAUGUGGUUUAGUUCCGCGAUGGGAGACGCUCCCAAUUUUGCGUGCAAAUUUUGGACUCUCAGAAAAAUGUUUUUUCUUUCCUUUGUUGGUUAUAAAAUGUAGUCUUGAAUUUGCAGCGGUUCGUAUUAUAAUUGGAUGUUAAUUAUUUGUGUGCAAUACCCCAAGAAAGCCUUCUUUUUCUCUCAGUUCUACCGAUAGCUUUUACCUUCAUUUUCAAUUAAUAAGCUCCCAAUCCAUUGAAGGGCUUUCCGUAUCGGAAGUAGGCUCUAAAAAAGCCAUUCUUUCCCCUUCUGGAAGGAAAAAGUUUUCCUAAUUUCGAAUUUUCGCUCCGUUUCCAUCAAUUUCACGCCUCUCCACCAUUACUUCCGCACUACUUUUUUUUCUCUUUUUCUCUUUUUGUUCAGGAUUUGCGAAAUUUUCUAAACAAACAAAUUUUCUUCCUCCGUUCUCAUAAACUAAUAAAGUGUAUCGAUAUAUUGGGAAAAAUGGUGAAUGUAAAGGGAAAAUUUCAUAAUUUUUCGAAUUUUGGAGAAGAGAGAUGUUUUGACUCUAAGCUGAAUAAAGAAGAUUUGAAUUUUUUUUGCGACUUAUUAAUGACUUUACAGUCUUCAGAAGUUUUCGAGUUUUUUUUAUGUAACGUUAGAAAAAAGUCGAUGAAAAGCUGAAUUUUCGAAUCAACGUGUAGCAUUCGGUCUUUUGGUUCAAACUUUUUUUUUCCUGGGCGGGAAAAUAAAAUAAAAUGACUGGGAAAAUUUUUAGUGGCUACUUCAGGGCUUGAAGUUUUAGCGACCUCUAUAGAGGUCGAAUUAGUGACUACUUAAAUGACUUAAAUUUUGUGAUUCUUUAGGAGUUUAAUUUGUACUACUAGGCCACUAAAACUACUUUAGUGGCCACUAAGACGCAAAGUAGUGGCUUCUACAGUGGUGGUUUUAGUGGCCACUUUCGUGUCCUCUCCAAGUAGUCCUUCGGGAAGCUCUCAAACGGCCACUAAAUUUUUUCAUAGAAAAAAAAAUUCAAGAAAAUGAACAUUGAUCUUUUCGAAAUUGAGCACCAAAACUUUCAAAGUCAUCUGCUCUAAGUUUAGCAUAACGUUUUUAAACGAACUGAAUCUAAUUCGAUCCGUAGGACAAUUUAAUUUAAUUGCCGCCCUCGGGCCGAACGCCGUGGCGCCGAACCCUUUGGUUUUUUUUUUUCGUGUUAAAAGCAAACCACUUGCUCAAUUCCUCCAAUCCUUUCCUCUAUAAAUGCCCAUAAGUGAGCCCUUUUUGCAGACCUUAAAUUCGACACGUGUUCCGUCGACACGAGCCACGUCUUCGCCGUCAUUGAUCAUCUCGAAUCCACCGUCCUCAACACGAUUCUGUUCGUUUAAUUUUCGGAAAUGCGGAAAUCUUUUUCGACAUUUUUUUUAAAAAUCUUGUCACAGCUUAAUCCGUCCGCCGUGACUUGAAAGUUUUCGAGUGUCUGUAUCUCUUUGUUCCCUCGCCGGCGAGGUCAGGAAAAUUUGAAAAUAGCUCGUCAAUGGGAGAGAUUCCCCGAGAGACGAGGAGGGAGCAGAGAAGUCUUCCCAUUUCAAGCUGCGAGAAGCAGACUAUACUGCCCUGAAAAAAUUGUUAAUAUUCCCUAGAAGCCACUUUUUGAAUUCAAGUCGACAUCAAGGAGACUUUCAGGGAUUUCGACUAAUUUUAGAGAAGAAAAAAAAAUCAAAUGGAAUAAAUUUAUUUGUGUUUUUGAUCGGUGGUUGAAAAUUUGUUUUUUCAUCGGGUAGGUAAUGUUUGGUUGUUUUUUUUUUUGAAAAGGGUUUGAAACUUUUUUUUCUACAGCAGGUGUUGCGAUUUGAAGCUGUAUAAAGUUUUUUUCAGAAUUUUACCAUUAUUCAAUUUUUCAAUGAGGGCUUGGAUUUUUUUCAACGAAUAAAUCAUCCGAAUACAAUUAUAUUCAUUAAAAAAAUUACCUCUUAAGAGACCCCUUUAUAAGAAAAAUAAAAUGACGCGUUUUUUCCCCGAGGCAAUACUUGAUGAAUAAAAAAAGUUUUUUUGGAUUAUUUCUCAUAAAUUUUCAUUAAAGAUGAUGAUCUUUGUCGUUGUAGGACCCGCCACGUUCCCUCGGUGACGUCAUCUCAGCGGUCGACCUCGCUUUUGCGCCGUUCGAAGCCCGUGAGUACUUGGCUUCAUCCUCAAUGUUCUUCUAUUCUUUUCUCCUUUUUUAUGGCUAACAAAAAAGAAGUUGCACCCCCCUUCCUUGUGGGCGGAGCCUGGAAUCCUUUGCCUCAUCCGUUCGCUUGGCCUGUUUUUUGCUUGGAUCUCUUUACUUUGAAGCAAUUGGCCGGAACCGAAAUCUGUUCGGCGUCUUCAUUAUCAUACGUUUGACGUGGGUAAUGAUUUUUUUUUUGAGUCAAUCCCAAUUUCACGAGCCAAGAGUGCUUAUUAUCUUUUUACUUGGAAAGUUACGAGUUCUUAGACCUUUUUUUCGAGAUAAGAUGUUUACAGAGUUCUGAGCCAUUUCUGCCUUUUUUCCAGCUAUCAGUUCAGAAAAGUUAUCAAAGCCGUAGCUCUUCAAAUUUUCAUGAAUUAAAAAAAAAAAUUAUGUUCUGUACUAUUAUAGUUUGCAUUAAAGUAUUCAUAAAUUAAGUUGAAAAAAACGCAAUUUUUUUGAAUGUGAAACAAAAAAAGUUCUCUAAGAGUGUAAAAAAAUUUGCCCCGAUUUUUUUUAAAAAAAUCUUUUUGAAGUACCUUUUUUUCAGUUUAAUUUAGCUUUUUGCCCCUUUAACACGCAGAUUCUCUCAGAAUUUUCAAAUCGUAUUACUUUUUUUAACUUUUUUUCUCAAAAAAAUAGAAAUUUGAGUUCUUGAAGACACCCAUUGUUCUGUUGUUUUCGGCUUUAAAUCAAGUUUUUUUCAUUCUUUUUUUCAUCCUUAAGAUAUUUUAUUUUCUCAUUGUGACGCUUUUUUCCGCCAAAAUGGCUUUUUGUUGUGUGGAUUUUCUACUCUUAAAUUUCUGAAAAUUGAAUUUUAGUAGUCUGAUAACAAUCGAAAUUGUGGUUUCUUUAAUUUGUACAUUCAAAUGGAUUUCUUUUCUUUCGAAAAUGGGUAUAUUUAUUUUGUUACCUUUUUGGUAGGCAUAGCAUAGCCCACUUGUUUUGUGAGAAAAAAAACUACUCGUGAAGUAUUUAUGCGCGUUCCAAAAAACAGAUUUUUCCUUUUUUGCUUCCAAAAUGUAGGUGAAGCUAGAUAAUAUUUGUGAAAGGGUUCCCAUUUCAUACGAGACUUUUUUCAAAGCAAUAUAAAAACAGAAACUUAAAAAAACUUUGUGUUUCAGAAAUUUUUUUCGUGUUCCAAGUGCUUUUUAAUAUUAAAAAAAUGGUAAUUUUUGAUUUAGAAUGCUGCACUAGGCAAAGUCGAAAACACUUUAGAAGAUUAGGAAUGAGAAUCUUGGUCCCGUGUCAACUGUCAUUUGCAUUCUUUCCACUUUGAUUAAAUUAAGAGCGGAAACAAUUUUUUUUUUCAUUAAAAAAUAUUCGAAUGAUUUUUUUUUAAUAUAAAACUCUUACUAGUCCUAGUUUGCACCUUGCGGCCGACCUUAAAUGGCUUGCGCAUUGCAGCUACAUAGCUUAUUACUAGCAAUUAUUUGAGUUCAAAGUUUAAAAAUAUAGUUCUAAUCAGAGCUCGCAACACAUUGAACCGUUCUAAAUGCGAUUUUGCGAGUCAUUUUUGGCUUGAAACGUUGAAAAAGAGUCCUGACACGAUCAUGAAGAGAGAGUGCGUAGUUGGCGGAGAGCGCAGACAGGCCACGCCCCUUAGCGUCUCAAGCGACCAAAAAGUCGAUUACUAUCAAUCUUUAGACAAAAUUCUACUCUGAAAUUUUGUUUUGUUUCCUUAUUCGGCAGUUGUACAUACACUGCGCGGGACUGUGACUACGAAUCUGUGCAUGAAACUCAUGGCCCCAAACACAAUGAUUCAUUCGGCGUCGUGAAAUUGCAAAAAUUCUCCUUUUUUUUCGCGCGCGAGAGCUGUUUAUACACUUGUGGUUGGUUAAGUUUUGAGGGGAGCAACAGAAAUCGAAUGAAGAAAAGUCGCUCCUUUUGCGUUUAAAUUCGUUUCGGGGUUCUUCGGUUCGCCAGAUUUUGUCCUUUCUUUCGAAACACGUUCCAUCAAAGCUUUCAAGUUUUGUUGGAAUUGUUGAUUGGUCCUCAAAAUGAGCUGCAGGAGCGUUCUCAACACUUUUCAGAGAAUGUACAGUCCUUUGGUUUAUUAAAUUUCUUUGCGGUUUCAAAAAGUUUAUUGAAAGUGUUAAACCCGUUUUUUUGGGAUUUUCUGAAUAUUAAAAAUUUUUUUACUUGACUGGGUUUUUACAUAAGGAAUCUGAAAUUAAUUCUAUAAUCUGGAGGGUCCUUUUAAGGACUAGUUCUGGAGACUAGGACAGACUGGACACUAGACAUGGACUAGCUGAGUAUCGAGCUCCUAAAUAGUAUUUCAAGAAAAAAACGGAUAAAAAUAUAUUUAGAUCUUUGAAGACAAAUGUUUUCUGAAUUAUAGAGCAAUAACCUGUAUAAAAAGAAACUGAUUAGUACAAUUAUGAUGGAAGAGUGAUUUUUUUUCGAAUUAUGCUUUUUAUACGCUUUUUUUCUUCUUUGACUUCUGUGAGGUUUCUUGUUCAAUCCUUUUGAAGCUCUGAGUUCAAAAUUAACGUGUUGUAGUUCUUCUUUUUUUCCACCCCAAAACAAUGUUUUUUUCCUAGUUUUUCGAGUAUACUAAACUUGAGUUUUGCUUCAUAUCUGUUAUGAUUGAAUAAAUUGGAGAACUUUUUAGGCGUCAACGGAGUCUUUCAACGUGCCGUCGACCCGCGGCAGUGCUGCCGCCUCAUUGCAGCGGCGUCACUCCACUUUCUUCUCUGAUGUCGAUGACAGCAAAGGUUCCUGAUAAGAUGUGUCAAAGCUUGAAAAAAUUCUAAGAAAUACGUAGGAAAUUCAACUUUUUGAAGUCUGCCUUUGGAAUCUUACUAAACGAAAGUUUAUGAUACAUCCGGAGGCUAGAACUUACUUUUAGUUCUGUUAACACUACCUCUCUGGUUUGAAAAUUUGUUUUUUGACUUCAUUCCACAAAGUUUUUGCAGCUUAAUUUUUCCUCCUAGGCUGGUUGAGCUCUGUACUUGCUGAUAAAACAAAUUGGAAGAAAAAAAAAUUUCUCGGUUUGAAACUUUGCAGCGAUAAGUUUUGAAAAGUCCUUUUUCGUUGAUCCUGCAAAUUAGGUCAAUGAAUGGGAAUGAGUUUUAUGUCGACUGAUAAGAAUAUAUAUUUCAAAUGGAAACACUCAUGAAACAAGAAUAAUAAAUUCAGAAGAGAACCUCAUGGAGAUCGACAAGCUGUUGAUCGCACGGCCUGAUGGCGUCGAAAUCGCGUUUGAACGAGCCAAGGCGUGGAGCAUCUACUGCAAAGACGUGGCGGCGUACGUCCGUGGCCGGAUCCAGCUUGAGCAGGAGCACGCCCGACGAGUCCGACUUCUCGUCGAGAGCGCCAGACGCGACUUCAACAAGGUGAAAAAAAGAUUGAAACUUCGUUUCUUUGGGCUGCAAGAGUUAGAUGUGGAGGUCUUUUUUUAACGAAAAAGCAAAAAAAAAGCAGCUUUUGAUCUUUUUCCCAUUGAUUCUAUCAACAAUUCACACGUCACUUUCAAAUACUGAUUUUAUAGCCGUUCAUGCCGCUGCGAGAUAUUUUCGAGCGGUCCUUCGAUACUGAAGAAGAGGUUAUGUGCAACACGAAGGACACGACGGAACAUCUUAUGGAUCGGGUCGUCGAAGUUCUUUUUUCAGUUGAUUCAAAUCCUAUGAGCUGAUGUUUGAGGCUCUCGAGUCCAGAAGAAAAGAACACGAGUCAACGAGAAAGACACUAGCUGAGGAGUGGGCCAAAGCGGCAAAGGCAUUGGUGGGAUAUUUAGAUUUUUUACUGAUAGCUUAACUGAAAAACGUGAAAAAAUCUUCCUAAAAAAAUUCGGUUUUCGAGACAGGAUCUUUUAGAGUUUUUUUGUAUCCCUUUGUGCUUGGUUGAGACUUUGGAACGUUCGUUUGAAAGUUUAGGAUUUUUUGCAGCCUUGACUCCAGAUUUACAUCAAGGUGCAAGUUUUUUGGCCGGUUACAUCAAUUUAAUUUUUGAAAUUUUAGAGAAAAUUUCCAAAAGCGCAGAAAAGAACUUUGAUUGGCAAUACUCCUGAAUAAGGCUCUUUUCAUGAAAUUUUGUCACUUCUCAAAUUUUACGAAUCGUUUCCUUCUCUCUCCCUGUAAUAUUUGAAAAUACCGGUCCGCUCGUUAGAGUUUCUGCAAGCUCGUGUAUUCUAAGAAUUUAAAGAUGCUGAUGAAAGUUGUUCUAGAACGACAGCGAGGAGGCGUACGACAAGGCAAAGAUGGCCCUGAGGUUACGGGAAGAAUCGCUGCGGAAAGCUCGGGAUAGUUGCAUGCGGACAGAGAGUUCUCCGCCGGAACGGGAAGCGAGUCGACGUCGUCGCGACAUCGAGAAACGGAAUCGCGCCGUCGAAACGGCUGCCUUGAAAGUGCGUUUCGGAGUUUAAAAUGUCGGUCCUCAGAAAAGAUUAUCUGCUGGAUCAUGAAAAUAUUAGGGUAGCUAAAAAGAUGUGUAAAUCGGUUUGGUUGCUCUGUAAAUUUCUUGUAAGACGGGACUUUUUGGCAAGAGCGUGUUCUUGUACACCGUUUAAUAUACAACUUUUCUAAGUUUACCCGUUUUCUUUCCAUAAAAAAGAUUCUUACUAAAUAUUCACCAAAAAAUCGGGCAUAGGGUAGAAUAUAUCGAAGGCCCGCUAUAAUCUCGAACUUUUUGGACGAAGAUCAUGAUUUGUUCAUCAAUUUUGUAUGAGGAUGUAUAAUUUUUUAUUACCUAGCUUCUGAGACUUAUAAUUUCAGAAAGAAGACGCUGAACGGAACGUCGCCGCGACGACUGCGGAACUUAGGCGUCGGCGCCGGGAAAUCGACAAAGCUAAGGUAAAAAUUCAUCUGAAAGAUUCAUUCAGUUCGAAAUUUUUCGAAAAAUUUUGGUCAAAGAGAUCUCGAAAUUUUUCAAAAAUGAACUCGCGGGUAGCUUGAGACAGUAGGGGGCGUGGCCUGUCUGCGCUCUCUACCUACUGAGCACUGUUUCUUCAUAAUCGUGCCAAGACCCUUUUUUUCUAUGAAUCAAGCCGAUCGUGAGUCAGAUAUAUGCGUUUUAAUGAAAACGUCUUGGAAACCGCAACGAUUUUCAUUCUUCUUCUUCUUCUCUUCACUUUUUUUUUCAAACAUCCAAAAUGUAUUUUUAAACAAACUGACGUUUCUCUCUUCUUCUUUGAAAUUCUAAUGCAGACGUGAAUGAGAAAUGAAACAAGCAAAUGGCGAGGAAAAUGUUUUCAUGGUGAUUCGUACGAUUUUUCAUCGCCCUUUUUGCUUCUUUUCAGCUUUUUUUUUUCUCUGUUUGUGUACCUAUAAGUUUUAUAAUAUUUUCAUUGCGAAACACACGAUAUGCUGGACUUUUUUCUCCAUUUCUGUUUUUUUUCUGCGGUGGAGGUGGUAGGGAUAUACUAAAGAGAAGGGCAGAGUUAGACGUUUCGAAGUUGUGAUAAAUAAAAACAAGCGGGGAGGCAUGAGUAUUAUUGUUUCUGGUUUUCAAGAAAUUUUUUCUUUUUGUUUGCUACAGUUUGUCGCUUUUUUAUAAGAAGUUGUGGAUUUUAUUUUGAUUUUUGAGCAAUUAGAGAAAUGAAUGAAACCAUCGUUAUUCCCAAAAAAAAACAUGAAAUCCAUGAUCAUUCCUGCUUUGAGGCUAUUCCGCCAAACGUAAUGAGCCGCCCGCUAGUAGGAUAUAUUUCGAUUAAUAAGGAAAAGGGUUGUCUUGCCAUUUUCCGUCAGUUUUCGCCAUACACAAUUCCUAUACCUAUUUAUAUUUAUGUUUAUGGCGUCAUUUUCACAUGCGAAAAAGCAUUCAAUGCGCACAAGUUUUGUGUUUUUAGAGGGGUCUCUUUUCCUUUCUCUUUUUUUGAGUCUUUUUUGGUGGUGAAUUUUUUUUUUGGAUAGAGGAUUGGGGCUUUUUUCAUGGUCUGAAAAUAUGAAGGCUUCGAGGUUUAUUUUCAGAUCUCUCAGAUAAUCAAAGAGAAGAGAUAAUAAAACCACAGUAAAAAAAUAUUGAUUUUUUUAUUAUUUCAAUGAGCGCUCUGGAAUCGUACGCGUUUCACAAAUAGUUAUAAUUUCAAACUGUUAAAAAAAUUACAUCUCGACAAACUCUUUCAUUUUUUUGAGCGUUUUUUUUGUUUUUCUUUGUCUUCUUUCUAUUCUCAUUUAAAAAUUUUUGGUUUGUUCUUUUUCUGAGCAGAGAAAUUUUUAAAGCACAAAAUUUCAACUUUCGAAGUUUUAUUCAAAUAAAUUUGUAGCUUACAAGGAGAAGGUUUUUGGUGGCUAGUUGAAAACCCUAUCAAAUUUUGCAAACAUGUUCGGUUUCCUGAUUUCAGAUUACAAAAAACCAUCUUGUGAUUUAGGGAAGUCUACAGAUGAAGCUUCAAAGUCGCUUCAUAACUUGGCUCCAAGACGAGAGUAGAGACAUUUUUUUUCUUACUGGGAACAUGUGGCCUCAUUUUACGCUUCUGCGGAGUUUCAUCAAAUUCUUAACUGGCUAUCAAAAUCACUCUUAUUGUUGGAAGCUACCUUUUCUCUUCAUUAUUAUAGGUUUUUUAGUCGAUAAAACAGCGCCUUAGAAAGUUAUAACGAAAUCGGAAACCAACGCGAAAAUGGCGUUUUUCGUGAAUCUUCUUUUUCACGAGUUUGUUCUCACUACUUCUCCUGAAUCACUGAUUUGAUAUAAUAAUAAUGAGCGAAUCGGACGGGGCGGGAGUGGAGACGAGGUGAAGACAAGAAAGAAGUUGUCCUGCCACAGAAUGCGCAGAUGAUUGCCUUCGCGUCGUCGCUUCUCAGCCCUUCUUCAAAUCUUUUUCUUUUUUUUUUGCUCCUCCGCUGUUUUUUCUUUCAUCCCAAUCUCUUCCCGUUUUUCUGGUUUAAAAUUUUCCAAUCUUUCAUAAAUAAUUUUUUUGAGUUUUCAAUGGCUGUCGCGCUCUAUUGAUCAAAUCCUUUUGAUAAUUAUUUAAGAAUUUUCGUCUCUUUUCGAAAAAUAAUCGAAAAUUCAUACAAAUUGUCAUCAGCAGAAAACUAUAUAUUCUUCAAAGUUUAUUAAAAAUAGUUUUUUUUUUCUAAAAAGGUCUCUGAUCUUUAUAAAAUUGAAGAAACUAAAAAUUUUUUUUAUUAGACGAUUCUUAAAAUUAAGCGCGUUUUACAGUAUUCUCUACUGUAAAAAAAGAAGUCUUAAAGGCUUUGGGUGUCCUUUUUUCGAAAAAUAGGAAGAUGUGCAGGUUGUGGUUUUCAGAUUUUCGUUUGAUACAGUACCGCUCAAAAGUCUAUUAAGUUUUGGUUUUUUGAGGAUAUCUCAGCGAGUACUCAUCCGAUUUAUAUAUAACUUUCAGGGAUUAUGUAAAAUAUACUUUGAAACAUAUACGGUAUACAAAUACAUGUCCGCAGUCACUGCGACGCGUUUUAGGAAUUUUUUUUCGAAUUCAAUUUUUUUUGUUUUUUAUGCUUUUAUUUUUAUUUAUUUCUAUUAAAUUUUUUAAAAGUAAUAAUGUUGCCAUAUAUUUUUUUUCAUGUUUUCAGACAUAGGAAGAACCUCUGAAAAAAAGGAUUUGACUGAUAACGACAAAAGAGCCAUCGUUGUGGGUCGUCAAAAUGGACUGACCAUGAUGUCGUUGGCAGGAAUGUUCGGCGGGACAGAGGCGUGCAUUUCUCAGUUCCUAAAGCGUCAGAAAGCUCAAGAUGGCUCUACUAAGAGCCAACGCACUGGAAGAUCACGUGUCACUGAUGGUAAUGACGAUAGAAACAUUUUGAAGACGUCUAGAACCGAUCCAAGACUCAGCGUCCCUGCGAUCAGACGGGAAGUUUGCUUGAAUUCGCCAUCUCCGCCAUCCGUCUCGACCGUGAAACAACGUCUGAAUGCUGCUGGAAUCAUGGGAAGACGUCCAGUGAACAAACCGCUGAUUUCUGAAAAGAAUCGAGUCGCCAGGGUGAAGUGGGCGAAGGAGCAUCUCAACUGGACCCGUCAAGACUGGAACAAGAUUCUGUCGUCCGACGAAAUCAAGUUCCUCCUCUUCGGAAGUGACGGAAUUCAAUCAGUUCGUAGACCAAUUGGGUCCAGAUAUCAUAUGAAAUACCAAUUACCCUUUGUGAAACAUGGUGGAGGACCGUUUCGUCGGACGACAGAAUCUUGUUCCAGUCUUGACGGGUCCAGUUGAGAUGCUCCUUCGCCCACUUCACCCUGGCGACUCGAUUCUUUUCAGAAAUCAGCGGUUUCUUCACUGGACGUCUUCACAUGAUUCCAGCAGCAUUCAGACGUCGUUUCACGGUCGAGACGGAUGGCGGAGAUGGCGAAUUCAAGAAAACUUCCCGUCUGAUCGCAGGGGCGGUGAGUCUUGGAUUGGUUCUAGACGUCUUCAAAAUGUUCCUAUCGUCAUUACGAUCAGUGACACGUGGUCUUCCAGUGCGUUGGCUGUUAGUAGAGCCAUCUUGA